CCCGGCCACCCGCCUCGGCCAUAAAUGCCACCGCCGGUGGCACCGGGGGGGCCCCGCUCGCCGCCCGGCCGCGCCAUGCAGCCGCCCGCCCCAGCCCGCCUGGCCGAGGCCGAGAGCGAGAGCCAGCUGGGCCGCGUCCAUGGUGUCUCCGGACCCGUGGUGACCGCCAGCAGCAUGGCCGGCGCUGCCAUGUACGAGCUGGUGCGCGUGGGCCACGCUGAGCUGGUGGGGGAGAUCAUCCGGCUCGAGGGCGACCUGGCCACCAUCCAGGUGUACGAGGAGACCUCGGGUGUCUGCGUGGGCGACCCGGUGCUGCGCACGGGGAAGCCGCUCUCGGUGGAGCUGGGUCCCGGCAUAAUGGGCUCCAUCUUCGACGGGAUCCAGCGCCCCUUGAAGGACAUCACGGAGCUGACCAAGACCAUCUACAUCCCCCGGGGCAUCAACAUCCCCGCGCUGGCCCGCAACGUCACGUGGGACUUCGUCCCCAGCAAGCACGUCCGGGUGAGCUGGGGCCAGCUGUGUCCCAUGGGAGACGGCAUCUGGGAGGGGACACGACCUGGCACUCGGUGCCCAGGGAUGGCUCCGGCACGGCCCCGUAAGCCCCGGCUGGACCUCACGGUCCUCCCGUCCCAGGUUGGGAGCCACGUCACCGGCGGAGACAUCUACGGCGUGGUGACCGAGAACUCCCUCAUCCAGCACAAGAUCAUGGUGCCGCCGCGGAGCCGGGGCACCGUCACCCACGUCGCGCCCCCGGGGAACUACGACAUCUCGGACGUGGUGCUGGAGCUGGACUUUGAGGGCACCAAGGAGAAGCUGACCAUGAUGCAGGUCUGGCCGGUGAGACAGACCCGUCCUGUGGCGGAGAAGCUGCCGGCCAACUACCCGCUGCUGACGGGCCAGAGGGUGCUGGAUGCCCUUUUCCCCUGUGUCCAAGGUGGCACCACGGCCAUCCCGGGGGCCUUCGGCUGCGGCAAGACCGUCAUCUCCCAGUCCCUGUCCAAGUACUCCAACAGCGACGUCAUCAUCUACGUGGGCUGCGGUGAGCGGGGCAACGAGAUGUCCGAGGUGCUGCGGGACUUCCCGGAGCUCACCAUGGAGGUGGACGGGAGGACGGAGACCAUCAUGAAACGCACGGCGCUGGUGGCAAACACCUCCAACAUGCCCGUGGCCGCCCGAGAGGCCUCCAUCUACACCGGCAUCACGCUCUCCGAGUACUUCCGCGACAUGGGCUACCACGUCAGCAUGAUGGCCGACUCGACGUCGCGCUGGGCCGAGGCGCUGCGGGAGAUCUCGGGGCGCCUGGCCGAGAUGCCGGCGGACAGCGGCUACCCGGCGUACCUGGGCGCCCGCCUGGCCUCCUUCUACGAGCGAGCCGGGCGCGUGCGAUGCCUGGGCAGCCCCGAGCGCGAGGGCAGCGUCAGCAUCGUCGGCGCCGUGUCCCCGCCGGGAGGGGACUUCUCCGACCCCGUCACUUCGGCCACGCUGGGCAUCGUGCAGGUGUUUUGGGGGCUGGACAAGAAGCUGGCGCAGCGCAAGCAUUUCCCCUCCGUCAACUGGCUCAUCAGCUACAGCAAGUACCUGCGGGCGCUGGAGCAGCACUACGAGCGGCAGCACCCCGACUUCCCGGCCCUGCGCACCAAGGCCAAGGAGAUCCUGCAGGAAGAGGAGGACCUGGCCGAGAUCGUCCAGCUCGUGGGCAAGGCCUCCCUCGCCGAGGCUGACAAGAUCACCUUGGAGGUGGCCAAGCUCAUCAAGGACGACUUCCUGCAGCAGAACGGCUACUCGCCCUACGACAGGUUCUGCCCCUUCUACAAGACGGUGGGGAUGCUCCACAACAUGGUGACCUUCUACGAGCUGGCCCGGCACGCCGUGGAGACCACGGCGCAGGCCGAGCACCGGGUCACCUGGGCCACCAUCCGCGAGAACCUGGGGGACAUCAUCUACAAGCUGAGCGCCAUGAAGUUCAAGGACCCCGUGAAGGACGGCGAGGCCAAGAUCACCGCUGAUUACGCCCAGCUCAACGAGGAGAUGCAGACGGCUUUCCGCAACCUGGAGGACUGAGGGGAAGGAAAGGGAGCCCGCGGGGGCCCCCGGGGGGGGCCGCCGGCGCGAAUAAACACCCGGCGGCGAUUG